CCAGCAGAAAAAAAAAAAGCGCAGGAAAAGGGCUGGAGGAAAAAAAAAAGUUUUGGAUGGGAUGAUGUGGAAACUACCCCGCGAUUCCCCGCUGCCAGAGGAGGCUGAAGACUUUUUCUCCAGCGCAGCCUUCUGUGGGUGGUGGUGAAAAGGGGGCCUGGGGCUUGCCGAGCUGAAAGUCCCGUGUGUCUGUGUGAUCUCUCCUCCCAAAUCAGCCAAAUGCUCCUCUUCGGGUUCCUCCUGCUGCUGACAUCCCUCCCGGCCGGCCGGAGACAUGGAGUCCAGGCUGAAUCCAAUUUGAGUAGCAAAUUCCAGCUAUCCAGCAACAAGGAGCAAAACGGAGUACAAGAUCCCCAGCAUGAGAGGAUCAUUACUGUGUCCACUAAUGGAAGUAUUCACAGUCCCAAGUUCCCUCACACAUACCCACGCAACACGGUCCUGGUGUGGAGAUUAGUAGCAGUAGAGGAGAAUGUGAGGAUACAACUUACUUUUGAUGAAAGGUUUGGGCUUGAAGACCCAGAAGAUGACAUAUGCAAGUAUGAUUUUGUAGAAGUUGAGGAGCCCAGCGAUGGCACUAUUUUGGGGCGCUGGUGUGGUUCCAGUACUGUGCCAGGGAAGCAAAUCUCUAAAGGGAAUCAUAUCAGGAUAAGAUUUGUGUCUGAUGAAUAUUUUCCUUCUGAACCUGGAUUCUGCAUCCAUUACUCACUUACCGUACCACACCAUGCAGAAACCGUAAGCCCUUCUGCACUAACACCUUCAGCUUUGCCACUGGACUUACUUAACAAUGCCGUCGCAGCCUUCAGUACUGUGGAAGAACUGAUCCGCUAUCUUGAGCCAGACCGAUGGCAGCUGGAUUUGGAAGACUUGUAUAGGCCAACAUGGCAUAUACUUGGAAAGGCUUUCACCCUGGGGAGGAAAUCAAGAGUGGUGGAUCUGAACCUUCUGAAAGAGGAGGUACGGCUAUACAGCUGUACGCCUCGCAACUUCUCUGUGUCCCUGAGGGAAGAGCUUAAGAGAACUGAUAUAAUUUACUGGCCCAGUUGUCUAUUGGUGAAACGCUGUGGGGGAAACUGUGCCUGCUGUCAGCAUAACUGUAAUGAAUGCCAAUGUAUCCCAACCAAAAUCACCAAAAAGUAUCAUGAGGUUCUUCAGUUAAAGCCAAGAAUCGGUGUGCGGGGAUUGCACAAAUCACUGAUAGAUGUACAUCUGGAACACCAUGAGGAGUGUGACUGUGUGUGCAAAGGCAGUACUGAAGGAUAAAUGCAACUUUGUGUGCUGCCUUUUUCCAUCUUGAAGCAUGUUCAAUCACUGGCUGAUUCUGUUGUGGGCCUUGUGCAUUAUCUCCCUCUGUAAUCUCAGUUGUUUGCUUUGAGGAUCUUCCACCAUCAGGAUUUCCAGUGAGGUCUGAAAGAGGAUUCUGAGUUGUGCAACAGCUUGUUGUGAGGAGGCCCAGUAUAAGGAUAGGGAAAUGUCACCAAUCAUUAAGGGCUUUAAAUAGCUUGCUACCUAGGUAGAUAGAUCCAGUGUAUCUACCUAAUUCUCCAUGUUUUCUAUUUGUUUCCUUGGCAUUCCAUGGGUAAAAUUGGCUGGUAUAGAACAGCUACUGUUCACCUAAAGACCUAAUCCCGCUGGCUGCCCAAAAUCUAGAGCUCCGUACACCUGGCCCAUGGAGUGCAACAACAUCUGGAAAAUAAAAAUGUAUGUAUAUUUUCUCCUAUACUCAACUAUCCAAAUCCCAGAAACUAUGUUGUUAUGAAUUAAAAGUCAAUUUCUCCGAUAUUGGUAGGAAAGACUGGAUUGUUCUAUCUUCAAUAAAAUUUCUGCCAUUUGGAAAAGCAGACUGGACAACACACAUGAUUCAGAAGAGACAAACCUUGAAAAGAACAGUGGCCUUAUUCUUGCUCCAAUCUAUGAGUUGGUUUAUUUGUUUUAUUGUGUACAUUUUUAUACUCUCCCUUUGACAAUAUAACUAUUUGCUUUUCUAAUCUUGUUAAAUAUAUCUAUUUUUACCAAAGGUAUUUAAUAUUCUUUUUUAUUACAGCCUAAAUCAACUAGUUUUUAGCUUGGGAGAUUUUAAAACAGAGUUAUGUACAGCUAGAGGAAAAGAGAUGCAGUCAUUCUGAGGGUAGUAUAUUUUAUUCAGUUGGUUUUCUUUAAAAUGGUUGAGUAAAGAGUCUUGAAAGCAGAUGAAACCUCAUGCUUCAUGACUGGAGAUAGAAAUAAAGGACAAAAUUGGAAAUCAGUAUCCAAAUCACUUUUCUUUAUUACCAUUUCAUUUCGAAGAUGGACCUAAUAUAGUUCCUGUUUUGUGGUCCUUUUGUUUCUCAACCACAGGAAAAUAUAAAUCAACACAGGAGAGCAAAAUUAACGCAUUUCAGAAAAGUAUACUACAUAACACAGUAUAUUUAUUGUCAAGAUCAGUAGCCUCUCAGUGAUAAAUGGUUAUAAAAAAUUAGUUGGUUCCAAGGUUUUAACUCUGUUCAGUGAUAUGAACUACAGGUUUUCAUUUUUUUGUUUGUUUGUUUUUUUCCUUGUGUACAGUACAUCUUCUUAGUGAUUCACUUAUUCCACCAUUUGGAGGAAAACAGUAAAGUAUUUUGCUUGUAAAAUGCUUAACAUGAUAGUUUAUUUUUGGACUCUGAAUUUCCAAAGUGUAAAGAGUCACCAAAUAAAGCAAUAAUGAUCAUUUGGGAGGAGAAAUACGUCUCUGCUUGUGCAAGAUUAUCUGUGUAAGAUGAAGAUAAACAAAACGAUAGUACAUUUCAUGCCUUCAUAGUGCGUUGGACCAAUCACUCACUGUGACCAACCACAGUUCAUCCUUUAGAGAGCUGAUAGUCUAAUAAGUCUCUAUGUUGUAAUAGCUCUGAUUUCCUGCGAUUUUUAAGCAGUAAGGUUCUGAGAAUAACACUUCUAUUUCUCACUAGCUAUGAUGCUGUUUAAAAGUAUAAAUAAAAUUUCAACAAAAGAGAAAGUAGUGAGUGAUUUAUGAAAUGCUUGGGGUAUUUCUUAUUGUGUGGACAACUGAAAGAGCAUGUGCUCUCUAUUCAUUUAAAAAUUUGUGAGAAACUGAAGUAGAUCUGGUUAGCCUAUUUGAAGUUUCAUGUGUUUAAUGUAGCACCUCGAGAAUUAGGGCUUCACCAGUGGUUAGCAGUGGGUUCACAAUAAAUAUUAUAUGAAUGAAUGAAUGAAGAAAUGAAACUACUCCAGUCUGCCAGGAGUUGAGCAUGCUCAUAAUCGUUCUAAUUGUGUUAUUUUUGGGGAGUCAUCAUUAGUGAAACUGAAGCUAAUGAUGCUAUAGUUUUAGAAGAGUGAUUUGUGAGUCUUCUUAAUGUCCCUCUGAUCUCUCUAGAUACAUCUUGAUUUCUGAGCAAAAUUGUUUCUGGGAAAGGAAAGAUUAAACAAUCCUCAGCUAAAAUCAGACCUCCAUUUUCUGGCAUUCUUGUUCUCUCUUUAGUCCUUUGAGCCUUUUUUUGAAUUCUAGGCUCCUUUUGAAGUCAGAAGUCAGGCACCACAUGGAAGAAGUAUUAAGAGUCCCAAAGAGAAUUACAGUCUGCACCACAUGAACAUUCUGCAUGUGUCUACUUAGGUCAGCAAUAGUACCUACAUUUUAUUCUUCAGGAUUAAGUUCACUUCAAGAGGCAUUCAGUCUCAAGAGUCGGCUGAUGGGAAAAAUUGAAAAAAAAUUUUUUUCACAUACUUUGAAGACUUCAUAUUUAUAUAGGUGGUGUUUGAGUUGAGCAGUUUAAACCAUGAAUAUAUUCUAAUUUGAAAUAUUGUUUUCAUAGCAAGGAAUGAACAUAUAUAUUUCUGACAAGUAAAUUGAAUUGAAUACAAAGGUAAAAAGUCACCUUUAUAAUAAAAGGCAAUUUGUGCACUGCAUCAGGUAGGACAAAAGCCACCACAUGACGAUCUGUCUCUUUAGAGCCACAAUACAGAAAAUUCCAAAGAAGGUGAUUUUUCUCUGUUCUGUUUUCCCAAACAUUUUCCCUUAUGACUGUUAGGUCCUAGGAAUGGUGAUGCAAGGUGAUAGAAAAGAAAUCUCACAGUUGGAAAGGCACACACAUAUCAACAUAUGCAUAAAACAUAAAAUAGCUCCAUAUCUUUCUUCCCUGCUUCCUCAGUGUUCACAGGUCCUGGGUCCAGAGCAUGCAAAUCAACUUUAAUUAUCACUAGGGUCUAAAAUGACUUUCACUGUUACAUAUCCAUUGUUUAGGGGCUUGAGGUUUAAUAUGAAGAGAAUUUUCAUGUUUCCAGGGCCCUCUCUUGGUACAAUUACCCCUAUUGUAUAUUCAGGUAAUUAGUUAUCUGUAGAUUUUUUUUUUAUUAGACAUUGCCUCCUGAACUUUGUAAUGUCAUUCAGCUAGUAAAUAGCUCUAAAGGUCAACCUGGAAAAUGACAGAGGUUGUAAUUUUAAUAACUUAGUAUAUUUGAUAUAAAACUAUCUUCAGUCUCACUGUCAUUAUAUGAUGUCAUCGAAAGGGCACGUAUUUUCCACUUCAUCUUAUGUUUUUAGUUUUGAGUUUGUUCUAAGACUCUGAAAUGCUAUAAUAUGCCUUUGUGUCUUUUUCCUUUAUGAAGCAUUGCUUGGUGUUAGCAUUCCUUUUGUGAAUAGUUUUGGGGAUUUUUUUCAGUGUACAUACAGUGUGUAUUUAUGUGGUCUACACUCCAGCUUAAAAGUGAAGAUGUUCGUCAGAGUGACUGCUCCAGGAGAUUGGCAGCCCCUUAAAAUCCUCCUUUUGAUUUUAGUAUAAAAAUAUUUGUUUUUCAGUAACAAGAGCAGGAGUGUAACAGCAUUGUGCCUGUAAAUAAGGCCUGCUUCUUUUUCGAAGGACCUGAAAAAGACAAAGACUAAGUCUUUCUUCCUGCAACUGUGUACAAGGCAUUUGUUCAUGGUGUUAUAUUGCAAUCGGUCCAUGUUUGAGAUUUAAUUUGAGUGCUUGUGAUAAGCUAACGUAUAUUGCUGCCUCAUACACUAUUGCUACCAUCACCUCCCUUAAAUCUUUAGGGGAAUCCAAGAUUUACUAUGUUGUACAGGCAUAUGUAGUAGAAAAUGUAAACCAGGGGGUGUGCUUGGAAACCCUAGAACCAAAAUCAUUGUUAAAAAUUUAAUGAAUAAAAAUAUAUUCA